AAUUAGAAUCUUGGAACUUAUAAACAUAAAGAUAGGAAUUUCUCAUUAAAAUUGCUUUGAGAUGGGCUAAUGAAGGGAGAAAAGUCAUAUAAAAGCACUGCGGCUGACUAGUCUGAGCGAGAGACAUUCAUCACUACUCGGAACAUGGACAUCUGUUUGUUUGUUCUCUUCUUUGGAGCCGUCACGUUGUCUGUUCUUCCUCACAUCCAAGCUGAUAGUCUCGUUGUAAUUUCCAAGCGCUACAGCAACAACUCCUACUCCUGCUUCGUUCGCCACACCAAGGACGGUCUCGAGUAUCAUUUGACCUACAAUGUGUGCAUCUUGGACCCCUCCACCAUCAACAAUGGCACUGCAGUUACCAACAAUCUGGUAGGAUCGCUCCACUGUCUACUCUACGAGUGUACCAUCACCGCCGACGAGCUGAUGUCUGCCGAUGGCCAGCUGGAAUGCUUCCGUCAUACAUACACACCACCCGCGCCAGUGCUCGAUCGUUUCACCACCUACAGAAAGUGGCCUGGUACGCCGUUCUCGAUACCUCGAGAGAGACGAGUUGGGCGCACGAAGCGUGACUUCAGUUGGGUCACCUUCUUGGAGAAGAUCUCGUUCAUGGGACGGCAUCAGAGCACGGUUAGCAAGCAAAAUGAAGCGUACUUUCAUUACAACUUUAUGAACAAACCAUCGAGUGGUGGUGGUGGUGGUGGAGGUUCUGUUGGAGGUAAUCGUCCAGUACAGCCAUCUCCGCCGGUUGCCGAUACCACUACACCAGCCAUACCAGGACCACCGAUUGAACCAUUGACAGCAGAAGCUUAGCAGGCGUUGGAAAAUGAAAUACAUAAACAGUGGUUCUAAAACAGUGUUUUGAAUGCUUUCUGGAACACAAAACAUAGCUGGAGGACUUCAAUGUUUACAGUAAAUUGAACAAAAGUGAAGAUCUCUUUAGCGGACAUUCAGCCUAGUUACAACCACUGCUUCCAACUCGUUUGUUGCCAUGGAAAUCAUUUGCUUGAAACGGUGCUGGCUUUCGAUGCUAUUGCUAGCGAUGCUGAUGGGAGUGAUCUGCACCGGGGCACCGUUUCAGUGUGACGAAGGAGCAGAAGAAAAUGCGGAGGAAACGUACGGAAAGCUGCAAUCAAUUCCACCGUCCACUACCGAGUUCGCUGGUCUGCAAGAUGAACCGGUAGACUUUGUGCCUUCGAAAUCGCAGCACGACAUGCUUAAGUCCCGGAACUCUAAAUUUCUCGGUGUAGAUCGCAGCUCGGAAGAGGAAUGAUCGGGGAAGAUCGUGACGUAGGGGGGGAAUAAAGCAAGUGUGGUCUCGUCUUACCUCAAAUACAUGAUUUUUGAAUGA